AUGGAUCCUUACGUCGUUGCCGAUUCUAGCUUCCGGGAAGGGGAGACUCACUUAGCUCCGCCUUCGCCGGCUUUUGGUCACGGAGAGUGGAGGUUCGCAAAGCUCCACACUGCCGUCUUUGGAUCCCUUACGGAUGAGCUCUCAGAAGAAGAUGAUGCUCUCCGAAAAAGAGGACGACGGCAAGUGAAGAAAGAAGAGUUUGGUUUCGAGAUCGCGUUGGGAGCGAUGGAGUUCUCGAAAGGUUCAAGGCAGCUGCAGCCUCCAACUUUGGUUCCGGUUGGACCUGGCUUGCAUGUGAGUGUUUUUUUUUUUUUACUUUGCUUUUGCUUCUCCACGAAAAUAAAUAAAUUGCUAAUCCCAAAACAUAUUUCAACUGAUGCAGACAAGGCGAAUAGACUGGAUGUUGCAAAUGCCAUAAAUCCACUUCCAACGGAGGAAGACAAGAAGCUUGUAAUAGUAAAAACUCCCAAUGCAGUAAAUCCGCUCGUAUGGGAUUAUUCUCCACUUCUCGCCAUUGAUACAUGGGAGCACGCUUACUAUCUGGAUUUUGAGAACCGAAGAGCUGAGUACAUAAAUAUAUUCAUGGAAAAGCUCGUGUCAUGGGAAACAGUAAGCACGAGGCUAGAAUCUGCAAUGGCUCGAGCAGCUCAAAGAGAACAAGAAGGAACAUAUACCGAAGAUGAAGAGAAUUCGGAGGAUGAAGAGCCAGAGGUUUACUUAGAUAGUGAUGUUGAUGUAUCUGUGGUUGACUAAAAUAACUAAGAAUCAAUCGUAACAUUAGCAUCUGAAUGAAAUGUCAAUUUUACUGUAUAAACUUUGCUAUCAACCCUUAAAUUUUUAAAUAAUUCUUUAAGA